CUCUAGUUACCAAAGCCACAGCUAUGUCGUAAAAAUUCGUGAAAACAAAACAUCGAUUUUUUGGUCUUAAUUCAAAAUUUGGCAUAAGGUUAGCACUGUGGUCAGGGUUAAGGUUAGGUUUAAAAUCAGAUUGUAAAACAAUACAUUGUCGAAAUGGGCGGUGGUUAAGCCUAAAUGGAAGAUGACAAUAUAUUUUCGACCUAGGGUUUACCAUAAUUAUGAAUUUGUGGCUGUGGUAAAUAAUGACGACACCAACAUAACGAGGCCCCAUCGGGAAGCAACAAACCGGCUUGAGUAGAGCUCAAGCUCAACAACGUCAGGGCUGACGACAAAUUAAAUAGGUGAGAGAUAACGGCACUUGGGGUCCUAAAUAGACACCGCGGGAAAAAUGGCGGACGACCCCAACGCAGCAGACAGGAACGUGGAGAUAUGGAAGAUAAAGAAGUUGAUCAAAAGUCUGGAAGCUGCUCGGGGGAAUGGUACGAGUAUGAUCUCCUUGAUUAUCCCUCCAAAGGAUCAGAUCUCCAGAGUAGCCAAGAUGUUGGCUGAUGAGUUUGGCACUGCAUCCAAUAUUAAAAGCAGAGUCAACAGGCUCUCUGUGCUCGGAGCCAUCACCUCUGUACAGCAGAGACUCAAACUCUACAAUAAAGUGCCUCCCAACGGCUUGGUUGUAUACUGUGGCACCAUUGUGACGGACGAGGGCAAAGAGAAAAAAGUCAAUAUUGACUUUGAGCCUUUUAAACCCAUCAACACUUCUCUGUAUCUCUGUGACAACAAGUUCCACACAGAGGCUCUUACAGCCUUGCUGUCAGAUGACAGCAAGUUUGGUUUUAUUGUGAUUGAUGGAAGUGGCGCCCUGUUCGGAACCCUGCAGGGAAACACCAGGGAAGUGCUGCACAAGUUCACUGUGGACCUACCCAAGAAGCACGGCAGAGGAGGGCAGUCUGCCUUGCGUUUUGCUCGUUUGAGGAUGGAGAAGAGACACAACUAUGUCCGAAAGGUGGCGGAGACGGCAGUCACACUUUUUGUUUCCAAUGACAAGGUCAACGUAGCAGGCAUGGUCUUGGCUGGUUCAGCUGACUUCAAGACGGAGCUCAGCCAGUCCGAUAUGUUUGACCCGAGGCUACAAGCAAAGAUCCUGAAGCUGGUUGACAUAUCAUAUGGUGGGGAGAAUGGGUUCAACCAGGCCAUUGAGCUGUCCGCAGAAGUGCUUUCCAAUGUUAAAUUCAUUCAGGAGAAGAAACUUAUAGGACGAUACUUUGAUGAGAUCAGCCAGGAUACAGGGAAGUACUGCUUUGGGGUGGAAGACACACUGAAAGCCCUGGAAAUGGGUGCUGUUGAGAUUCUGAUUGUCUACGAGAACCUGGAUACCAUGAGAUACAUCCUGAGAUGCCACGGAGCAGAGGGACUUGCUAUGGUGGAGAAGGGUACAGAUGAGAAAACAUUGUAUUUGACACCAGAGCAGGAGAAAGACAAGUCUCACUUCACAGACAAAGAGACUGGGCAGGAGCAUGAGCUGAUCGAGAGCAUGCCGUUACUUGAAUGGUUCGCCAACAGCUAUAAGAAAUUUGGAGCCUGUCUGGAGAUUGUCACUGACAAGAGUCAAGAAGGAUCCCAGUUUGUCAAGGGCUUUGGUGGAAUUGGUGGGAUCUUGCGGUACAGGGUGGAUUUCCAGGCCAUAGAGUACCAAGGAGAAGACGAUGAGUUAUUUGAUUUGGAUGACUACUAGGUAGUUGAGACUGACAAGAAAUGAAUCAAUUGAAAGGCUUUCCCUGAUUUGACCGAGAUACUGGUGGAAGGAAAGCAAGUAGUCAGGAGGGAGACCCAGACCUUCAAAUAAAAGACAUGGAUGUGAUGCCGUAUAUCAACGUUUCCCUGACUUGAAGCAGUGACUCAUCACCUGGCUGGAUGGAGCUAGUCUUGGUUUGUUCCUCUCCACUCUACAUUAAUGACUGAUUCAAAGUGACUGACAGCAAGGCCACACUCCUCCUGCCUGCUUGGCCUUCUCUAGGCCACACUGAUAGGUUAUACAAAUCUAUUUUUGUCAUCACUCCCCACCUUCUUCCAACUCAAUUUCCCUUUAUUUUUUAACAUUUUUACUGGUACCAGCUGCUGUUGUGUUUUGAGAUUUUGAUUCUGAUUAUUUUGUUUUCCUUUUUAAAAUCAAAUUUAUGUAGAGGGCAAGGAAAUAAUGAUUAAAUUGGAGCUGCUUUACUAUCCCAUACCCAG